AUGGCUUCGAAUAACGCCGGCGAUAUCGGCGGCGCAAAGGAGGAGGUCCCCAAGAAGGCCACCGUGGUUGACGAGUUCGACGACGACGUAUCCGACCCGGAUGAGGAUGACUUGGAUGACCUGGAUGACAUGCUCGAUGAGUUCGCUGCAGUAGACCUUCAAGCCAACAAGCCCUCGGGGCCAGCAAGGCCAGACGCCGCCGAGGCAGAUGAUGCCAAGGGGGAAGAUGAUGUCCUGUCCGAAGAGGAGUUUGCGAAGCAGCUGCAGGCCGGCAUGGCUGAUCUCCUCGGUGAUAUCGAUAACUCGCCUGAGCUACAAGCCCAGUUUGAGAGCAUAUUCAAGGAACUAGGUGCCGCCGCCGCUGCCUCGGGUGCCGAGACCCCAGGCAUCCCUACCCCUAAGGUCGCCGAGACCUCGACCAAGACCCCUCCCUCCUCUUCUCGCAGAGCCUCUGCCUCGGCUUCCCCAUCGAGCAAGAAUGCGGAAGCUUCUUUCCAAGAGACUAUCCGACGGACCAUGGAGCGCAUGCAGACAUCUGGCGAGCAAGCCACGGCCGCUGCCGCAGCUGAGGGUUCCGAUGACUUCCUUGCUGAGCUGCUCAAGCAGAUGCAGUCGGGUGGCCUUGAAGGUGAGGGGAGCGAGGAAGAGUUCAGCAAGAUGCUUAUGGGAAUGAUGGAGCAGCUCACGCACAAGGACAUCCUGUAUGAACCUAUGAAGGAACUGCACGAGAAGUUUCCUGGCUGGCUGGAGAAGAACCGGGCGACGACGUCCAAGGAGGACCUGGAGCGGUACGAGUUGCAGCAGAAGCUCGUGAGCGAGAUUGUGGCCAAGUUUGAGGAGCCCAACUACGCGGAUACGAGCAAGGAGCACCAUGAGUACAUCGUGGACAGGAUGCAGAAGAUGCAAGAUGCUGGCCAGCCUCCCAACGACUUGGUCGGAGACAUGCCCUCUGCCCAAAAUCUCGACCUCCCCGACGAUCAAUGCACCCCUCAGUAAUUGUCUCAACACAUCAAAACAAAAACCUGCAGCGAGUAUGAUACCAUGAAGAGUUGGCCGCCAUCGAAAAAUGUUGGGCAAUUUAUUAUUAUGUGCCCGUAUAUGUAUUGCCAUCUCAAGAGCAGCGCUAGAGUAUGAUGAUAUAGAGUACUUAAUGAGAUCAUUAACUUUAGUGAUCCUUCACACCCUAGAGUGGACCAACCCGUAUUCCUGUUACAUAUACCCUUCUAAUCCGAAAAUCAUUAUUGGCCGUGUUCCUUUUGUGUCUCGAAACCCAAUCAACCCUUUAUGAGUGUAGCCGGAACUCCUUGUCCUAUGCAAAUGCAAGCUAUGAAGCCAAUAUGUGUCCCACGAUAUGAACGAAGCGCAAGAAAUAUCAUCAACCGUCCCGAUGAUAUUCACCCUCCCAUCUCCACGUCGUCCUGACUGUGGUGAUGAUGCUGUAUCCCCGGAUCACCACCACCAUUCGGCUGUUGCUGCUGCUGCCCUUGUUGUUGUUG